AUGAAUUAAUUAAAUAAAAGGAAUAUUAAUUAACUAAAUUAGAGUGAUUUAAGUAAUGAAACAUAUUAUUUAAAAGAAGAAUCAAAAUAAAAAAAUUUUCAUAAAAGAAAUUGGUAAAACUUCAUAUCAAAGAUAAUCGUUUUUCUUCUUGUCUUUUUUACUUACAUUUAAUUUUACAUCCAAAUAAUACUGAUUAUUAAGGAUUUUUAUAUCUAUCUUGAAAUAUUAUGGCUAUACUUUAUUUUGUUGCUUAUCUAUUUAAUUUACUACAGAGAUAAAACAUAAAUUACACUUGAACUUCGUAUAUUAUUUAGUCUGCCAGGCGUUGUUUCUUUACAAGAAUAUUUAAAUCAUGAUAUAAAAUUUAGCUUUUUUGAUAAAAUGUUUUUUAGAAACUUAUUGUUAAAUGGUUUCAUCAUUUUUUACAAUAUGUUUUUGGAAUAAAAUGCUUUGAUAUAAAUUUCUACUUCAUGGUUCUAUGUUUAAAUCUAUUUUAGAUACAGAGACAUAUCAAAAAAUUUAGAUAAUUAAAUACUUUAAGAAUUGAUAUAAGAAAAUUAUAAAUAAACGAUUGAUAUUAUCUAUCCUUUAGCUGAUUCUUUAUUAUGGUCAUAAAUAUUAUAAAAUGCGGUUAAUGAAUAAUAAGAGUAAAAAAAUAUUGUUUUUUAAGCUUGCUUAUAUGUAAUUAAAAAUGCUUUUCUUGUCUUUACUUUUAUUUUUAUUUAUAAAUGCUAUAAAUCUUAAUUUUUGUCCUUAACGAAUUUAAGAUUUUCUGAUCUAAAAAUAUUUAUUAUUCCUAAAAUCAAAGAAUACUCAUAUGAAUUAAACUAACAAGUUUAGCAUACAGUUUUCUUUUAAUAUCAGUAUCACUUAUUAUUAGCAGAUAGAUUAUAUUAAUUAAUCAUUUUUCUUGUUUUAACUUCUUAGAAUAAUAAAAUUGAAUAUAAAUUUGGUUUCAUAUUUUCUAUUUCCUUUAACUUAUUCUGCUUACUAAAUAGUUUUAGGUCACUAAAAUAGUAAAAAUUUGAUUUUUGUCAUUUAACUAAGAAGGAAUCUUCUAGAUAUUAAAUAGAAUGUUUAAAUAAACUAAUUUAGUUAAUCAGAAAUCUUUAUAAUUAAUAAAAAUUUUGA